GUGGGCGAGGAAAUGGGUCAGGCUAUGGUCUGAAAUGUGUGUCACUCUGUCACUCAGAGUUCAAACAACACAGGAAGGCCAGCUCCGAGACCAUUUUGUCGGCUCCUAUAUUGACGGAUGACCGACACAAGAGGAGUUGAGAGAGUGCUCAUCUGGACCCUGAGUAUGUGUGGCGGGAGUGUUGCGGAGAUGAUUUGAAGGAGGAGAGCACAGAAGAGCACGACUCUGAGUAUAUUAGUAUGACAACAAUGGGAAAGGAGGCUAGCCUGGAUGGAUUAGAAUUUGACGGAGAUACCGUCUUGUGUAGGGUUUGUGGUGACAAAGCAAGUGGCUUCCAUUAUGGAGUGCAUGCCUGUGAGGGCUGUAAGGGAUUUUUCCGACGCAGCAUUCAACAAAAGAUACAGUACCGUCCUUGUCUAAAGAAUCAGCAAUGUAAUAUAAUGCGAGUUAAUCGGAACCGAUGCCAAUACUGUCGAUUAAAAAAGUGUAUUGCUGUUGGGAUGUCCCGAGAUGCUGUGCGCUUUGGCCGGGUCCCAAAGAAAGAAAAGGCGCGAAUCAUCGAACAGAUGCAGAAAAUGAAUUCACAGACUCCAAACCAUCAACUAACUGGGGUACUACAGAACCCGCUAGACCUUGUACAGCAUGUCAUCAACGCACACCGACAGACAUGUGCCUUCACGCUCGACCGUGUAAAGAGCAUGCGCCAAGCAGCAGUACAAAAGGGCGAGUUUGUCAACUGUCCUGCUCAAAUGGCAUGCCCAUUAAAUGCCAACUUUGCUACAGAUCCUAAUGACAAUUGCUGGGAAGAUUUCUCCGAAUUCUUUUCACCAGCUAUCAAGUCUGUUGUUGACUUUGCCAAAGCCAUUCCAGGGUUCGCCCUUUUGAAUCCUGACGAUCAAGUUACAUUACUUAAAGCAUCAACAUUUGAGGUGCUCCUUGUACGAUUAGCUGCCCUGUUUGAUCCUGACACGAACACCAUGUUGUUUACAUGUGGGAAACUGUUCAAACGACAACCCUCUACAGUGACUACUAGUGCUGGGUUUCUGUUAGAUUCCAUGUUUGACUUUGCGGAACGUUUCAACAAGCUCAACUUGACAGAUGAUGAGAUAGCUCUGUUCUCUGCUGUAGUACUCUUAUCUCCUGACCGUCCAGGCUUGCGUAACCUGGAGCAGAUAGAGAAGGUACAGACCAAAUUGACAGAGAGCCUACAGACUAUCAUCAACACCAACCACAUGCAUGACAACACACUGUUUGCCAAACUUCUUAUGAAGACCACAGAUCUGCGCACUCUUAAUACUCUCCACUCAGAGAAGUCACUAGGUCAAGCAUGCCAGGGUGUUGAAGGGUCAGAGAAUGACCACAUAGACUUAAAAGCCAACUUACAGGAAGCCAUUGACUCCAGAUCUGAGGGCUCAUCUCCUACAGAGACGUCCUUCAGUGCUGCGGGUUAUGAUUCGUCGGUGGAGGGGAGUGGUGCCCCGGUCUUGCCUCAUCGUGUUCCUAUGGACAUGCAGGGACAUCAGCAGCAGGUUGUGCUCAAAACACCAUACGGCACAUUUUACCGUGAGGAGAGUUUCUAUGGCCUUGUUCCUGACCCUCCAAGACGUCGCUGUCACACACUCGAUCGAGAAACUGUGUCAAGGCCCCGAUUACACACCAUCGAGGAGGGUAGUAGGCGUAGAAAUACAUUAGACAGAGACUAUAUAAAUAAAAUGGUGAACAAACUGAGUGAUAAGCUAGAGAAACGGGCUGCUAUACAUGGGGACAGCAUGCCACCGUCCAUCUGUAACAGUGCAGCCAGUAGCCCCAUACCGGAGGAGUACCAACAUUAUCUUAACCGUAACCACGAGUUCAUACCAAUAUCUACUCCUGCUGAUUCUAGUGCGUGUAGCUCUCGAGCAAGUCCACAGAUGAAUCGUGACAUGUUGAUGUCUCGAGACACGGUCAUGAACCGUGACACAUUACUUCCUUAUGGUUCUUCACCAAGUUCUCCAAACCCUCGAUCCCGUUCAGGUUCGAUGGGUGCAGACGACUUUGGCAAUCGUAGACGGUGCUACAGUUUCCACAUGAAUAGUGAGGGUAGAGCAUCACGCGGUAACACACAACAGCAACAGAUACCUAUUAAUUACCAGCUGGAGCAGGAGAGGCUCACGUCUGAGGACUUCAACAACACACUGAUGCCAGAUAUGAGGCGAGGCAGUGUUGGGGCUUCCUACAAUCUCCAUGCACGAAAGAAAUCUCUAUUGGUUGACCGCCACCCUGCUUACUUGUCAAGACUCUCUGAUUCAAUUAAAAAGAAUACCGAGCAACGUCACUUGAUGGCUGAUCUGACAUCCUCUACACAGGCUAUACACAUGGGUGAUGAUAACAGUGCAUUUGACAGUGUUUCAUCAAUCCGUAUCCCUGUCCCAUGUACACCGCAACAGUGGCCUAACCCCGCUGCCAUGUCGUCCCAACAAUCUGAGCUCUGCCUGGAUGAUGCUAAACUCAAGGAUAAUGUUGAGGAGCCUAUGUCACCCAUGUCAGUUGAUCAGUUGGGAGAUGAGAACCCACCAAUUGAGAUGUUCCACAAGAAGUUUGACAAGAUGCGGAAACACAUGAUCCAGGCUACAGAGGACGGAGCAGAACAGGCCGCUGAUGGUCCACAAGUCACUGUCAUUGAGAACCCACCUAAAUUGGACCUUCCAAAAUCCCCAAAACUCCAGAAGCCAAAGCUCUCUGCAGGAGAAGCACAUCCGCAGCUUUUGGCCCAUCUACAGUCCCCCAACAGGGCGGGGCUAGCCCCUGUGCCCCUACAACUGGGAUCACAGGGUCUAGCUGCUCUACCUUCCGGGGCAUAUCUCAACAACAAUGGUCUGGCAGCUGCGCUAUCACGAUCUCCUGAUACAGGUACUCCUUCAGAGAUGUCUGGUAGAGGUAACCAAAAGGAACAACUACAUGCCACGACUAUGUUUCACCUGAAGGACAAACUUAUGAGGAAAUAUGACAGUAUGGAAAAUCUCCACAAGAUAGGUCAAAACCCGGGACAACCCUCAGACAUUGACAGCAAUGCCGAAAUCAACCAUAAUCCAUCCACAACAGAAUCUCACCUGAACAAGUCCAUGCCAGGCUUCCAGGGGCACAUACCGAUCAAUUCCCAGGGGCAGGCCCCCAGUACAGGAAUGUUAGGCCAAGCAAUGUAUCCCAGUGCCAUGCACCCCGCCUUCAUUGGGGCAGCCUACUCCUCCAUGCACUCUAUGAUGCCUGGAUACAACCAGCACCUGGCAGGCAUGCAGCAGCUGGCUCAGUUUUAUGGGCAGGGCCCACAAGUCAGAUUCAGUCCAGAUGGUCAGCCUCUUAACCUUACACAAGGACCCCCUUCAUCUGCAGUCCUGGGGGCUAGCAGGGGGGCUAACUCUCUCAGCCUUGAACAAGCCAUGGAACGCAAGAUAAAGGAAGAAGUCAGCUCCUAGUCUCAGGAUGUUUGCUGAUCCUGUAUGCAUUGAUUUAUUUCCAAAGUGCAUUUGUGUAUUUCAUCUGAAGGACCUGUAGGUGUGUAAAGCCCAUAUAUAGUAGGUCGAGGAUCUCUUGUGAAUGGUAACAUGUGCAGCAAUAUUUAUGUGAUAUUCUUCUGGAAAAACAAAGACAUUCUGAGCAACUCCCAAGUGCUCUCCCCUUUUCAGAUCAUCUGAUGAACCUGUGAAGAGGUGAAAGCACUAGAGAGAUAAGCCUGUGCUGGGCUGGUAUGUUAAGAGUGAUCUCCCCUUGAGUGCUGGCACCUGAAGUGCUGUGACAAUUGUGCAGGCAACCAUAGGGUGUAACUCAUUUAAAAAUUGUUAUUGACCUAUAAUAAACAACUGAAGAACAAGAUAAAUUAGAGCUGAAGGUGUUAAUGACACCUACCUAUGUAGUAGAAGCCCAUUCCGAGGGUGAGAUAUGAACAUUUGUUUUGGUUGGUAAAACCAGAGCUCCAAGGAAGAGAUACACUCAAAUUGAGCCAGGUAGUCCUUCAUAGUACCAUUCUCCUAUGUACAGUGUACAGCUGGACUACUAAAGGUUGUAUGGAAGCGGUGUCUAUGGAAGUCAUUGGUUGUCAAACUGAAGUUCCUGUCUGUGGCUGGACUCCAGCCAGGGUUCAGAUAUUCCAGGGUAGCAAAAUACAAUGGCUACCCGGUGCUUAUGUCAAGGUGGAGUGUUUGUCAGCGAUAUACUGAGGUAGAUGAUGGACUGUCUGAGUUUGUGUGUAUAUGUGAUGAAAUAUCUUGUGCUAUUUGUUUGUUCUGUGUGAGAAUCAAAGGCAACUAUUUAUCAUCAAUACCCAGGAUGUGCUGGUCACAUGAUAUGAAUACCCAAGACAAGCUGUGUGAAUAUUUUAUUGCAUGACACUGGGGUACACUAGAUACUCAAAACCUCUCUAUGUAGUAGAAUGACACUGGGUACACUAGAUACUCAAAACCUCUCUAUAUAGUAGAAUGACACUGGGGUACACCAGAUACUCAAAACCUCUCUAUGUAGUAGAAUGACACUGGGGUACACUAAAUACUCAAAACCUCUAUAUAUAGUAGAAUGACACUGGGGUACACUAGAUACUCAAAACCUCUCUAUAAAGUAGAAUGACACUGGGUACACUAGAUACUCAAAACCUCUCUAAGUAGUAGAAUGACACUUGGGUACACUAGAUACUCAAAACCUCUCUAUGAAGUAGAAUGACACUGGGGUACACUAGAUACUCAAAACCUCUCUAUGUAGUAGAAUGACACUUCAUUUACUUCAGACUUGACUGUGAAAACAAAAUAUAGGAUUAACAAGAAUAAAGAAGCAUUGAGCAUUUUUCUUUUUCAAAUGACCAGAGGAUGAAACUUUGACAAGUUUACAAUGUUUCUUUUUAAUAUGCUCAUUGAUACCCACAGUUAUGUCAACAUAUGUAAUGGUUACUUGUCUUGGUUAAUGAUCUUUUUUAACUGCAAUGAUGUUACAUAGCUUUGUUACUUACACUCUUCUACAUUAGUUUACCUGCUGGUGAGUGAUACAGGCCUAUGAGGCCAUUGUUAAACUGUUGCUUGGGAUGCCUUAUUGUCUGUGCAAAGCUGUUAUGAUUUAUUGUUUAACAUGUCCUUGUCGCAGUAGAGCAUGUUAUCAUGCCUCUAACAUUUGCAACCAAUGGUUGUGAAAUUAAAUUGUUUAUUAUUAUGAUGUUUUAUUUAAACUUAUUCACAAAAUUCAAAGGAUGUUUUAAGAAGUGUAAUUUGUCAAAAUCUUAAACAAAUUAGUAUUUGUUCAUGUAUGAUUUUAAAACUUUUGAAAGGAGAUGAAAGAGUAUUUUUCCCCCAAAAAUGGAAGAAAAAAAUAAACGGCAAUUAGUUUUUUCUCUCACAUUAUAUCACAUAUUUUGUAGCUGCAUUGCAAAUACUUCAGCUCUAGUCAUUGGAAAUUUACUUCUUUAGUUUUGUAAUUUUAAAUUAAAAAAAAAAAAAUCAAAAAGAGUCUGUGCAAGUUCUAUGUAAAAUGUAAAAAAUAA